AUGGGGUGUACACCUUCGCACAGUGACAUCGUAAACAGCGUUGCAAAGAAUGGCAUUCCGUUUUUGAAAAAACCGAAAGCAAUUUUGCCAGGAUAUCAGGGGAGCGGUGAAAGAGGCUCCAUCCCUUCGCUGGUGAAAAGCUCUACCUGCUAUGACUCUGGUGGGAGCCUGCCCCCGGGAUGGAGACCGGCAGAAGAGCGGCCAAGCGCCAGGAGGAUUCAAACUACAACUGAAAGUCUUUGCCAGCUCAUGGGAGAUGCCACUUCAGGCCAACGGAAAGACAUGGAAGGAUUGAUCCCAGAAACCAGAACCUCUCCAUGCCAGUUGCACAAAUCACAAAGCCACUUGGCUAAGGACAUUCUGUUCAAGACACAGGGCUCCCUUGGAUCCCAAGGAGCAGCCUUUUCUGUGGAAGAGAGUGAGGGAAGUGCUACCCAAGAGACCUCGAACUGGGAAAGGAACCCAAAAUGCCACCGGUCAGGCACACAGGGCCCUUGUUGCCAGACCAUCCUCUCCGGUCAUGGGUCUGAAGACAAGGUGGACUUCCCUGAGCCCCUGGUAAAAGCCCACCAGCACGCUUAUGCCUAUCUGCACUCCAGCCUCUCCAAAUACGAAGCAAUUCUGUCCCUCAUCCAUCAGGCCACCCAGACCCGGGAGCUGCUGCAGCCCAUGGUCAGCUUCCUGCUGCUGUGCUUCGAGGAGGUUAGCCAGCUGUUGGGGGAGAUCUCCAAGGAUGGAGAAGAGCUCCUCCAAGAAGUCAGGGAGGAUCUGGCCUGGCCACUGACGAAAGGCGCACCCCACGAGCAGCCAGAUCUCUUGCAACAGCUGCUGCAGUACACCGUCUGCAAGCUGCAGGUGCUCAACGGCACGGUGGCUUCACUCACCGGCAGCUUCCUGGAGGGCUCCAGCAGCUACCUCCACUCCACUGCUAGCCACUUGGAAGACAAGCUGAGCACAAAGAGGGGUGUGGAUGAACGCCUCCUGAGGGCUCUGGGACAACUAGAGAGCCUGGCGAGUGGCCACAGUGACCCUGGGGCACAGGGUCUACCCUUGUGUUCUGAGGACAGUGGCAUUGGUGUCGACAAUGAGUCCUCGCUGCCCACGGACAAGGUGGGCAGGCAAGCCAGCUGUGACUUUGUACCGGAGCCUGUAGACUGGAACCCGGGGAUCUCACCCCAAAUGGAGGACAGGCUGUUGGAACAUGCCCAGCAGCAACAUGCAUUCCAGGUAGAUUCGGACAGAGCCUUGAGCUGCCCACUCUCUAGCCGACCUGUGGCAAAGGUUCAGACAGCGGCACAAGGUGAAGCAAGGAGCCCGUGCUCCUCCUGCCCAGGCCCAGAAAAUAAGACCUCUAGGACUUUGGAGCCAGGCAAAAGCACUUUGUGUGAGUCCCUUGGGAUUGGGGUCCCCGCAGAGACGUAUCUUCUUAAAGGUUCUAGGCUGUUAGGGUCUUCAUCUGUGAGCGACGAGGACAGCAGCCCAGAGGAGGAGGGAGAUGAAAUUAGCAGCAUGAGUCCACGCUCAUGGCAGGAAACAGCUCCACAGUCAAGGCCGUGGACUUCUCCUGCGGACCCAGAAAGCCUAUUUCAGCCAGGCUCCAGAAGGCUUAGGAGCCCCCAGGCCCAGGAGAUGAUUCUAAAGAUGAAGGAGGCAAUCAGCAAGAGGAUCAAGUUUGUCCCUUUGCCCUCUGGGUACCAGGACUGGGCUGAGGAGGAGGAGGGGAGGACAGUGGUCCCCCCCAGACCUAGCACCAUUAGUGGCAGCAGAAGGGCCCCUGAGAGGCAAAGGAGGUCCCAGUCAGAAGGCUGUCUUAAGAGCGACAUGGAGGACCCCACCCUACAGGAGCUGCAAAGGGCCCAGAGAGAACUCACUCAGAGGCUGGAGGCCUUGUACGCCCUGGGUACCAAAUGGCAGGGUCACAGCAAGGAAGAACUCCCACAGCCCCGAGCAGCAGCUCUGUGUUCCCACACCAACUGCAAGGUCAGCCCUGCCAACCCCAUCAGCAAGCUCAAGGCAUCCCUCACCAAGAACUUCAGCAUCCUGCCUAGUCAGGAUAAGAACAUUUUGCGGAAAUGCAGUCCCCACCCUGAGGGGGAGCAGACCUGGCAGGAGAAGGCUGAGAAGCCCCCAAAUGCCAUCUCAUCAGCUGAGAAGGACAGUCUGGAUCCUGAGCCCAAGGACUGGAAUGUCAGGGGCUGUCCCACCAGAACAUCAGUCAGGAGACUGAUUGAAACUUUCAGUCCCACUGACAGUCCAAGGACGCUGGAGGAUUCCAAAAACUCUGGGUCAAGCCCUUGCCUCAAGAGGUGGGGCGUCCCCAUCAUGCCUCCCAGAUUUCCCAUUUACAGGGGGCUUGCCCCGUUGUAUCCUAAGCCCCAAAUUUCCCCAAUGGGAGGUGGAGACUCUCCCAAAGUGGGCACAGGCUGGAGGCCCUUCAUGCCUAUCCUCCCCCCUCUUUUCAGGGCACAAGCCUAUAAAAGUGGGGUCAGCUGCGAGGAGGACCCAGAGCAGCUUCCCCCACCACCUCUGGAAAUCCUGAUGGACAAAUCAUUCACUUCCCUUGUGCCCCCAGAAGGCAGUGAGCCAGUGGGGAGCUCUCCUGAAGAGACCCAUGUACCAGGGCAGGGAGUGACAGGACCUGCCAGGACAACGUGGGCUUCUCCAAAGCUGCGAGCCUCCAUGAGCCCCAUGGACUUGCUUCCAAGCAAAAGCGCUGCCACCCCCACCCGGACCCGCAGCACCGGGCCGGGGAGCAGCAGGAGCACCUGCAAGCCCAGAAAGCCUGGCCUGGACCCGAACCACCCAGCCGCAACAGCCCCGAGCCCAGAGGAGGGGAACGGGGCCCAGAGCCCGGGGAGAGCAGAGAAGGCCGUCAGCUUUCACAAGCCUGCGCGGAGGGCAAGCUCCUGGCACCACUCCAGCGCCACAUCUGGGCCAAACAGGACCUCAGAAUCCAGCCUGGCCAGACCCGCACGAGGGCCACCUUCUCCGGAGGCCUCAAAGCAGAGCCGAGAGAGAAGCCCCCCGGUGGUCAGGAAGGCACAUUGGGUGCCCCAAGCAGACAAGAGGUCCCCAGGUCUGCCCACCUCCCCCAGAUCUGCUCCGCCCAGUCUCCCCACUGCACACAGGCCCCCCAGCCCACCGCUCAGCUCCGGGCCUUCCAGUCCCCCAGCAAGCCCCAGAGUGCUGAGCCCGCCUACAGCAAAGACGCGAACUUCCCCACCGCCCCCGCCCCCGGUGACCCCGCUGGCUCAGGGCAAGGUUUCCAGUACCCCUACACAGCCCACAGGGGCAAGCUCCCCUUCCUCUGUCCCCUCGGCAUCCCCCCCAGUGUCCCCCUCCCGGGCGCGCAAGGAGAUAAGAGAUUCUGCAGACUGCCUCGCCAGCGCAGCCAAAAUAUCUGGGAAUACCUGUUCCAUUUUCUGCCCGGCCUCCCCCUCUCUGUUUGAAGCGAAAUCGCCAUUCUCCACGCUGACCUUGCCAACGCUGCCACCAGAGGCUGGGGACCCUGUUGGGAGCCCAGCAGGAUGCUGGAGGAGCAACUCAGGACCCCGACUGAGGGCGGAUUCACAGAGGAGAAUGGCUCUGUGUGCCCUCAACCCUCUGCCUUUCGUCAGAAGGACAGCUUCAGACCGCCGGCCGGGGUUCCGACCUGUCUGCAGCCGCGCCAGCACCUCGUGUGACGCCCAGCUCAGCCAGAGCAGCAGCAGUGACGAGAGCCUCAAGAAGGACGCAGAGCCUUGGAGCAGCCCCUCAGCCCUGGAACUGCAGGGCGGCUGCAGCAGGCGUGCCUCUCCCCCAGAGCUCUGCGUGCUGGGCCACGGGCUGCAGCGGGAGGCCCACUCCAGCCCUGUCCAGGACAAGUCCCAGGCAGAGGCACAGCUGCAGCAGGAGUUGGCCUGA